GUAACGCUCCCAAUUAUUUUAAACUCAAUAAUUUAAAAAUCCUCUAAUCAUGCCUAAUAAUUCCCCCCUCUCCUGUUUUUUCUUGCUCUAGAUCACAACUACAACUUAACGGUAUAGGAAAAAGAAAAUGAUUCCACCUUCCACCACUAAUCAUAUAUUAAUUUAAUCUUGCUCCGACUUAUAAACCUAAACAUUGGUAAGGAAAACAAAAUUGGAGAGAAAAAUAUAUAUUCUCUUUCUCUUCCAUCAAGCAAAGCUUCCCAGAAUCAAACUCUUUUCUGGGUAAAUUGUGCUCUUUUCUUAAGGAAAAAAGAAUGGGAACGUCUGUUCAUCCACGAAACCCAGAAACAAAUCUUCAGGGCAGUUCCUUAAAUGCUCCCAUUCUCACUUCUCCAGAUCUCGCCAAUGAGAAAGGACUGAAGACCCGUUUGAAAAAGAUGAUCUUUGAUCUGGGUCUCGCUUGUUUCCUUCCUCCUCCAGCUGGACCACGCUCAAUAGAAAACUCCGGCAACAACAGUGGAAGCGGCGGAGAUAACAACAAGGCGUGGCUUUUGGCGGAGACAGCUCCGGAGAAUAUAAACCACGACCCACACUCUGUUCAUUCUUCGUUUAGAUUCAGCCUCUGCUCACAAACUGAGCUUGAGAAGAUGAAAGGAGGAGAAGCGCCUUCGCUGUCUGCUUCCUCUUCCUGUCGGAAUUUAUCAGUCUCCGGUGGCUCCGCGACGGUUCUGAUGGUGAAUCUGGAGAAUGGAGUAAAGGAAACUGGGAAAUCUACAGACGAAUUGACGUGGACGAGAGCUCGAUCGCUGGAGAAGAGUAUCUCUCCGGUAGCUAACACUUUGGUUCGGUUCAGCUACGGCGAAAUCGUCGCCGCCACUCGUAAUUUCUCCAAAGGGAGAGUGUUAGGAAGAGGAGCUUGUAGCUAUGUGUUCAGGGGUAAAAUCGGAAUUUGGAAAACGGCUUUAGCGAUCAAAAGGCUUGAUAAAGAAGACAAAGAGUCUCCAAAAUCUUUUUGUAGAGAGUUGAUGAUUGCAAGCUCUCUUCACAGCUCAAACAUUGUGCCUCUUCUUGGUUUCUGUAUAGAUCCUGAAGAAGGUUUAUUCUUGGUUUACAAGUACGUCUCAGGUGGUAGCCUUGAACACUAUUUACACGAUAAGAAGAAGAAGAAAGGCAUGAAAGCCGCUUUGCCUUGGUCAGCAAGGUACAAGGUAGCACUAGGGAUCGCUGAUGCGAUUGCUUAUUUGCAUAAUGGAACAGAGCAGUGUGUUGUUCAUAGAGAUAUCAAACCCUCCAAUAUACUCCUUUCCUCAAAGAAGAUACCAAAGUUGUGUGACUUCGGGUUAGCUACUUGGACCGCUGCACCUUCUGUUCCUUUCCUUUGCAAGACCGUGAAAGGCACAUUCGGAUAUCUAGCUCCAGAGUAUUUCCAACAUGGUAAGAUAUCUGACAAGACCGAUGUUUACGCCUUUGGUGUUGUGUUGCUUGAGCUGUUAACCGGUAGAAAACCAAUCGAACCAAGAAGAUCAUCUGGUGAAGGAAAUUUAGUUGUUUGGGCGAAACCGUUGUUGGAUAGAGGGAUUGAAGCUAUAGAAGAGCUACUUGAUCCGAGAUUGAGAUGUACAAGAAAAAACUCGGUUUACAUGGAGCGGAUGAUCCGUGCUGCAGCGGCAUGUGUGAUCAAUGAAGAGUCUCGAAGACCUGGUAUGGAAGAGAUAGUCACAAUCUUGAAAGGUGGAGAAGGAGGACUAGAGACAAGAACAUACUCAAGCAGGAAAACCAAUACAAGUCUUUCGAGUAUGAUUGACACUUACACACAGUUGCAACAGACCAAAUCCGAGAUGAAAUGUCAUCUUGAUCUUGCGAUGCUUGGAGUAACUGAUUUGGAAGACGAUGGUCAUUUAUAUGAACGGUAAAAACAUUUGAGAGGAAUUAAUAAAAAGUGUGUAAAUAGGUAAUUAAUGGACUGUUUGGAAGUUUGGAACUAAUCAGUGAAUUUGCCAUGCAUUUCGUUUUUUUUUUUUUGGUUUCCACUAGAGAAAACCGGUUUAGUCUUUUUAUUUUCCGGUUUGGUUGGUGAGAGAAUGUCAUAUUCUCCGGUUACGUUUUUUGUUUUGGGAAAUGUAUCG